CAUUCUAGACUGACGUUCGGCAUGGAUCUUUGAACUACGCCAAUGGAAGGCUUCAAAAUACCUGGAAGCUUCCUAAAACGGAAGGCUGAACAAGAGCAUGUUGAAGGAGGCGACACAGCUUCGCAAGGCGCGGCUCCUGUGGUGAGGCGAGCUGAGUUCCCUUCAGGUCGCUUGUUCGCGAAUUCAACUCGAGGAGGGCCUACCUCGGUCCAAAACCCUAUUCGUGGUGAAGGUGUCCGUUUUGUUUUCAACAAAGCCAAAGAUAGACGUUUCGCCAGCGCCUUACAAGAUGCUUCAUCUGCGGGCACGUCUAGCAAAAGCCAGACUUUUACUGGAGGCGAUGGCUCGACUGCCAACAGAUUCAAACUAGUUCGCAAAAUGGAAAGAAGCCCUAAAUCAGCUGCUUCCCAGCAACAGUCUGAUCAAGAGCAGCCUUCAGCAAUUGGAUCUCGCGAGGAUCGAGUACGAGCAGCUUCUAUUUUUCGAAGAAGAAGCUCCAGCACUCUUGCUGCCAGCGCGGCGGCUGUAAAAAGGGCAUCGAAACUAGUCCGUGCGAAACGCUCGACUAGUCGCGAGGAUUUGGACGACUUGAAAAAACAGGGUGAUGGAAAACCACUGAGCGUAGGAGUUGAAAGCGAUGAUGCAAGGCAGGCCGCGACGAUGACGUCACCAAAAUUCAGAGCCGUUCCGUUUGCUGCGGGGUCCUUGACUGCGACACGCGAACAAGCUGUCAUAUUGAGGUCUCUUCUUGCCCUCGUUGGCCGACGUUGUCCCACUGAUUAUGAUAAGUAUGUACUGCUGGAAGAGCGGGACAAGUUGCUUGCCAAGUUGAGAGAAGAAGAAAACAAGAAAGGAAAUGCAGAACGCAGAAUGGCGAAGGGAACAUGCACCGGAAUGUGUCCCGAAAAGGAGAGAUAUGUUCGUGUCGUACAGAAACGAAUCUCUCCUUAUGAAUGCAAUCCGGAUGGUUCUCUCAAUCCUAACCUUUUAGUCAAGGAAUAUGCAAGAAGUGCAGCUGAUCAGGAUAAACCUUUACCUCAUGAGCUGCGUUCAAGGGAGCUGCUCGAAAAUACAAUGAGCUAUCUUUUUCAACAUGUGCUGGAUUGUCCUCCAAAAAAUGAAGAUGAUUUGGCAACAUGGUACGAUUUUCUCUGGAGUCGCACUAGAGCAAUCCGCAAAGAGAUAACGCAAUUAAUGCUCACGGAUAAAACAGCAGUUGCAUUGAUUGAAAGAUGUGCGAGACUGCACAUACUUUGCGCUUACAAGCUUUGUCGCCUUAGUUUUGAGAAGUUCGACCAGAAUAUGAACACGGAGAACCUUGCAAAGUGCCUGCAGUCUCUUCGCCACUUGUACGAAGAUUUAGCUGCACAAGGGAUAACGCUCGAUACGGAGGCAGAAUUUCGUAGCUACGAUGUAAUGCUGCAUCUUUAUGAUAGCAACAUACUCAGACAGGUGCUAUCGUAUCGAAAAGAAGUGCGCGAUUCAAGACCAGUCCGCCUUGCUCUCCAGCUCUCCAGUGCUUUGCAGAAUAAGAAUUAUGUCAGAUUCUUCCGACUUCUGAAGAGAGAUGCCACUUUUUUGCAGUGCUGCAUAUGUCAUCGUUAUUUCAAUGAGGUGCAAGCCAAAGCUUUGCUGACGAUGAUGACUGCCUAUGGAAGGAAUUCAGUGUUUCCGUUAGACACUAUAUGGCGUGUGCUCGCUUUCGAUGAUCGCGAAGAUGCUCUGAAAUCUCUCACAGUGUACGGAGUUCAGCAGAAUGAUAUGGAUUAUGAUCAAGUCGUACUGAAUCGAGAUCAUUUUCUUCAAGACGCAACGCCAGAUAUGAAGUCAUACCGUUGGAUUGAUGGUAAAAACACGGCAGAGUGGAGCCAGGUGGCAAAUGGUCCCGUGCCCUUUUCGUUUUCGCCCAUCUUCGUCUUACCAGAAUCAUUUGAUCAUAACAAUGUGUACAAUAGAGAUGAAGUACUCUCCAGUAUAUUCGAAAAGUACUCCCUGCAGUCUGAGGCAAGCAAAAUGAUGCUUAUGCAGUCACAUUCUGGUCCUGAAUCUGAAAGUACACUGAAGGGAGAAACGCAGUUCUGGAUUCAUACGAAAGUCGAGAACGUGGUGAAUGAAGUUGUUGGAGAGCAAAGCCUUUCACUUUGCCGAAGCGCUACAGUUGAAGAGCUUUCAGAGUCCAUCUCUAACGACAUGGUGGACUACAUCAUCAGGGAAGAACGUGAGCUGUACAAGCAUGAACAGGCCCGUUUACAAUCGAUGCGAGAAAAAGAGGAAAAAGGAAGGAUAGUGCAAUACAUUGUAGAACGGAUUAUCAAUGACUGUCGUGACCGUCUGUUGAAGGAAAUUAUCAAAGAUGUGUUGCAUGAAGCAACUCUCCAAUACGUAGACAGUACGGCACAUCUCAUGGUGGAUGAGCUUUGGCGGACAAAGCUAGUUCAUAUUGUUGACAAGGAAACUAAAAAUGUGCUCAAGAAAACCUUGAAAACCGAUAUUGAAGAGCUGCAAUCGGGUCUUGAACGUUUCCGAGAAAGAAUGGAAUUGUUAUGGCUUCGACAAUUUUGGGAUGCAUGGCGCUCGCGAGUGCUCGAAAAUCGACGAAAGCGACUGGAACGACGUCAAAAUUGGGAGCAUUUCCAAGCAGUAUGGAAUUGCAAAAUGUUUUCACCUAUAAACUAUGUCCUUCCAAACGUGGAAGCGCGAAAAAAAGCAGAAACUUCACCCUUAUCCAGCUGGGCUAAUGGACAAGACGCUCGCACUGUACUGCGCUUGAUUCAGCUGAAGAAAAGACGCUGUGAAAGAAUAGUACGGGAUGCUUUCUAUCGUUGGCGAACUUAUGCGGAGCGUAGACGGUUAUCUCAAAAUCUAACAAAGAUUAUGCUGCAUAGGCGUAAGACGUUUGAUCCAAAAAUCUACUUGGACUACUCCUUCUCUCCCAAUCGAAAGAGGCGAAGAGUCGAGGCUUCGUUGAACGACUCAUAUCGAAGCUUCAUGUCAAAAAGUCUUCCGUACUAUGACUCCACCAUGUAUGAACUGUCGGCUGUGCAGGAUUCAAAAGACGAUUUGAAGGGUCUUGAUGGAUACGCAGAACACCCAUUCGAGUGCUGCAGCGAGUUUCCGUCAACGUCCGACUGGAUGGCGUAUCGACCUCCUUCUCCAUGUGUCGAGCAGUGCAUAAAGUCUGACGUUGCAGAGCUAGAUGUUAGUGAUGUUCCGGAAACUUCGAAGGAAGCAGAGAGCAGCGUAUCUGAUACUCGGCAUAUGGAAGACGACCUUCUGAAAGAUGCGUCAUCAUUACAUGCCAAAAUGCUGAAAUUCAGCGCGGAUCUAGAAGGAGUAAUUAUGCGGCGUAUGGAGACCAAUGCAGAAUGCAGUAGGCUAGCUCAGUAAAGCUCCAAGAACCUGCCCCAAUUGCCCUCUUCUGCUUGUUUCGCUGUUAUUUGAACGUUUGUACCCAUAUCAACUCGUCCUGUAAAACGUUUGCUUGUAAUCAUACUAUUGAUCUGUCAAAUAUGAAUUGUGAUUUUUUAAGUACAAUGAAUAAAAACCAAAAC